AUGGCGCUCAAGGCACAAGUCGGUCAAAAGAUUAUGAAUGAAGUCAUUAAACAGAAGAAGACCGGAACAGGAGGUGUGCAGUGGCGGAUUUUGGUGGUGGAUCAGCUAGCUAUGAGAAUGGUAUCGGCGUGCUGCAAGAUGCAUGAUAUCAGUGCCCAAGGAAUUACCUUGGUAGAAGACAUCAACAAGAAACGGGAACCCUUACCCACCAUGGAGGCGAUCUAUCUGAUCACACCGUGCGGUCCUUCAGUUCAGAAACUGAUCGAAGAUUUCAACAAUCCCACCAGAACAACGUACAAAGUCGCCCACGUCUAUUUCACGGAAGCCUGUCCCGAUGAGUUGUUCAAAGAAUUGUGCCACUCGCUGGUAGCUAAACGCAUAAAGACACUAAAAGAGAUCAACAUCGCUUUCAUACCGUAUGAAGAGCAGGUGUUCUCCUUGGACUCGCGUGAAACAUUCCCUUGCUUUUAUAAUCCUUCCUUCUCCAACUUGAGAACAGCCAAUAUGGAAAGAAUAGCCGAACAGAUUGCGACACUUUGCGCUACCCUUGGAGAAUACCCAUCGGUCAGAUAUCGAAGCGAUUUUGACCGAAAUGUAGAACUAGCGCACAUGGUUCAACAGAAAUUGGACGCUUACAAAGCGGAUGAACCAACAAUGGGAGAGGGUCCUGAGAAGGCACGUUCUCAACUACUUAUUCUGGACAGAGGAUUUGAUUGUGUCUCUCCUCUAUUACAUGAACUAACGUUACAAGCUAUGGCAUAUGAUUUGCUAGACAUUGAGAAUGAUGUUUAUAGAUUUGAAGCAUCAGCUGGUGUACAGAAAGAAGUAUUAUUGGAUGAAAACGAUGAUCUCUGGGUAGAGCUUAGACACCAGCAUAUAGCUGUAGUUUCACAAAAUGUUACGAAAAAUUUGAAGAAGUUCACAGAAUCAAAGAGGAUGCCUCAGGGUGAUAAACAAAGUAUGAGGGAUCUUUCACAGAUGAUCAAGAAAAUGCCACAGUACCAAAAAGAAUUGAGCAAGUAUGCGACGCAUUUACAGUUGGCGGAAGAUUGUAUGAAACGUUAUCAGGGAAAUGUGGAUAAGCUGUGUAAAGUAGAACAGGAUUUGGCAAUGGGUACAGACGCCGAAGGCGAACGUAUUAAGGAUCAGAUGAAGAACAUUACCCCAAUUUUGCUUGAUCAAACUGUAAAUCAUUUAGAUAAAUUACGAAUCAUUGCAUUGUACGUUAUUAGUAAAAAUGGUAUUUCCGAAGAGAACCUUAACCGAUUAGUUCACCACGCCCAGAUAUCUCCUGAUGAUAAACAGACCAUAGUAAAUAUGGCUAACCUUAGUAUCAAUAUUGUUGUAGACGGUGGUAACCGUAGAAAAUUAUACACCGUACAACGUAAAGAAAGAAUUACGGAACAAACUUAUCAAAUGAGUCGUUGGACUCCGGUUAUGAAAGAUAUUAUGGAAGAUGCCAUUGAGGAUAAAUUGGAUUCAAAACAUUUUCCAUUUUUGGCUGGACGUGCGGCUAGUUCUGGAUAUCAUGCACCAACGAGUGCAAGAUAUGGACACUGGCAUAAGGACAAAGGCUCACAGACUAUUAAGAAUGUACCACGCUUGAUUGUUUUCGUGGUUGGCGGUGUUUGCUUUUCAGAAAUCCGGUGCGGUUAUGAAGUUACAAAUGCUUUGAAAAAUUGGGAAGUAAUAAUUGGUUCAUCGCAUAUAAUUACACCGAAAUCUUUCUUAGAUGAUUUAAGUAAACUUCAUGUAUAAACAAGUUUGUUUGUUGUAAAGAAAACGAAGACACAUUCCUGCAUUCCUAAUAUGCCAUUAGCUUUGGCUCCGUCAGUAAUAAUGAUUGCGAAAUUUUAUGGAUGAUCUCGAUUAGAAUAUAAAACGCUCAGUCAAUUUGAGUCGCACAGUUGUUAAGCGACUAAGAAAACAAUAAAAUUGAUAAAUAUCAUAUCAUAAAUAUUUUGCCCAGAUGCAAAUGAUGCCAGAAAAAAAAAGAUAUCCGGUCUUAAGUGCCUGCACGAAUAAAAAGUUGAUUGAAUAAAUAUGUUGGCAAUACGGAUGUAGAUCACACGGAGAUGCUUAAUGGUACUUUAGGCUCACGAAUGAUCUAACCCAGAUAUAGUAUGUUAUUCUACUGUUAUACUACCCUUUCGUUCAUCAUAAAUGACAGGUUUAGUGGUGGAAUUUGAUGUACCGUAGAAAACGAUCGUGAUAUUCGUGUAAAUUUCUCGUUAUUAAUGUUUCGUUAUCUCCCGCUCCAAGAAUUAUUGACUGUUAUUGCUAUCGCGAAGGAGAUUCAGUAUUCAAUUUCAAUCACAGAGCCAGUAACAUUUACCGAUGUCAUGAAACAAUAUAAGUAUUGAAUACAGUUGUGUGUGCUUCAGUUACAUUGUUGUUUAAAAAAAGACUAAACGAUGUCAGAUUAGUAUUUAUUUUUUAAAAUCUAUGGAUAUUUAAAUAUCUUAUUUAAAUAUCAUAUUGUAUAAUAAAGCGAUAUAUGUAUAUUUAGUUAUUUAUUAUAUACUUUAUAUUGUCAGUACAUUUACUAAACAAAUGUACUCGUUUAAUGUAUGCACAUGUUUAGUGCAAAUUUUGCUUUUUCUUUACGUCGAAACGUGCGUUAAUAUAAAUCUAAAGAAUGUCCAGCAACUAAAGACUUAUAUUCGUUUAAUUAAAGAAGUAAUAUCUUUAUCGUAUUUGUAAGUACUUACACGUUGAAACUUCUAUUUGCACAUACAAAGCAAUUCUAGAUCACUUUCGAUCUGUGGAAGUUAGAGUCUGUUGAUGAUCGUAAUAAUUAUUAAUGUGUGUUGAUAUUGCGAUUACUUAGCGGCGAGAUUAUUGCAAAGUUUACGGUAUUGAAUAUUAUAUAAUAUAUUAUAUGGAUAUAUAUAUAUAUAUAUAUAUAUAUAUAUGUAUGUAGAUUGUAGUCUAAACAAAAUGUUCUGCUUAUAAAGG